AUGCUGUUGGAAGAGUUUUGCAUUAAGGUCUACUUUUGGCCAUUCCUAUCGUAUUUGGCGAGCAUCAAGGGACUGUGUCCGCUGUAUCCAACAGGUUAUCUGCCCGUAUAUCCAUUGCCGCCACCAAAUGGUCCACUAACUCCACCUCCUCCACCUCCAUUUUCGUCAUUGCCGCCACUGCCGUUGCCUGUGCCGCCUGUUGGACCGCCCUAUAUGCCACCUUCGACAUCUGUAGUGAUACCGACAUUCCAGCCAACACCACCGUUUCCACAGACAUCGGCAACGCCGCCGUUUACCCCACCACUGACUUCGGUGACUCCACCGUUUCCACCGCCGACGACCAUUACGACAACAACGACCUCGUCAAGCAGCACCAGCACCACCAUUGGCACCACUCUGCCCUUGCCGACGUGCCCGAGUCAGCCGUUGGUCUGUCUGCCAGGAGGCAUGCGUCCGUUGCCCAAUUGCCCUUGCAUAGAUCCACGACAGCAAAAUUCUCGACUGGUGGCGUCGACUGGUCAAAUUGGUUCGGACAUGAUGAUUUUUAUGCCACUCAAUCCGGGGCCACAGCGUCGUCGUCGCCGUCGUCGUCGGCGACGUCGCAGCAGUCUUCACCUGUAGACGCAUCUCCCCUUCCGCCUCCUGCUCCUCCACCAACCCU